GCAGAGGGGUGCGGCAGGGAGAUACCUUGUCGCCAAAAUUAUUUAUAACAGUUAUGGAGUACGCAUUUAAAUGGCUAGAGUGGGAAUCAAAGGAUAUUAACAUCGAUGGAAAGAUAUUCAAUCAUCUCAGAUAUGCCGAUGAUAUUGUUCUCAUAAACAGACAACUUAGGAGAUGCCAGAUUUAUGCUAUAAUAACUACAGCAAGUAACACAGAAGGUCGGUUUAAAAAUAAACUAUGGAAAAACAAAAAUGAUGACCAAUCUCGUCCCCAAUGAGCUAAUAGAAAUCGAAAAGUCGCCCAUAGAACUUGUGGAAAAAUACGUGUAUUUGGGUCACGAAAUAAGGUUAACGCGAGAUAACCAAACAUGCGAGCUACUCAGAAGAAUAAGUCUGUAUUCGGAAAAAUGAGGGCUGCAUUCGGAAAAAUGAGAGACGUAUUUAAAACAAAUAUACCGAUCCAUUUAAAAAGAAAAGCUUUUAACCAAUGCGCUCUACCAGUCCUCACAUACGAAGCAGAAACCUUGACUCUCACAAAAACAUCAGCCGAAAAACUGAGAAGGAUACAACGAAAGAUGGAGAGAUCAAUGCUUGGAAUAAGCUUAAGAAAUAGAAUAAGAAACGAGGAAGUUUAUAGACGAACCGGAGUGGAAACAUUAUUGAACAUAUUACAAGGCAAAAAUGGAGAUGGGCAGGACAUGUUGCAAGAAUGAAAGACGACAGUUGGACAAAAAAAUUGCUUGAGUGG